GUCACCUCGUUAAAAGACCAGAAGCAGUACUGGCGCCCCGCCCAGCCCCACCGAUACCACUACGUGUCCGUCCGAGCCUUCGAGGAGGCUUUCCGAGCCUCCAGGUUCGGCAAGCAGAUGGAAGCAGAGCUCUCCAUGCCAUUCAAGAAGGAUCGGGGCACAGUCACGGGAGGAAACGAGGGGAAAGUUGUGGAUGUGAAUGACAAUGGAGAGGGUGAAGGGAAGGACAUGGAAAAUGGAGAAGAGGAGGGAAAGGGAGGCAGAGAGGAUGGGAGUGCGUCUCUUGCUCUGGCAGACAGGCGGUUUGCGCUUCCUCCCCUUGCGCUCCUCAGCGUCGUGGCGAAUCGCGAGUGGCUGCUCAUGAGGCGGAAUCUGUUUCUCUACAUCGUGCAGACCAUGCAGAUCCUCCCCCUCGCUAUAGUCACAAUGACGGUCUUCUGGCGCUCCCAGUUCUCCGUCACCCCAGUGGACAGCAAUUUCUAUCUCGGCGCCAUUUUCUUCGGUAUAAGCACGAUGCUGUUCAGCGGAAUAAUCGAGCUCACGCUGCUGACGGCCCGCCUGCCCAUCUACUUCCUCCAAAGGGACAAUCUGCUCUUCCCCGCGUGGGCCUGGUGUGUGCCCAUGGCGCUGCUCUCUCUGCCCGUCUCCCUCUGGUCUGCUGGGGUCUGGACCGCCAUCACCUACUAUGGCAUCGGCUUUGCCCCCCAGUUCUCCCGAUUCAUCGCCCAGCUACUUCUUUUCUUCAUCACCCACAUGUCCGCCUCUGCGCUCUACCGAGCAAUGGGAGCCAUAUUCCGCAGCACCACUCUCAUCAACACGCUUGGAAACUUCGUCCUCGUCCUCCUCUUCCUGCUCUCUGGCUUCCUUAUCACCAAAGACGAUAUCCACAGCGUGUGGGUGUGGGUGUAUUGGAUCUCGCCCCUCACCUACUCUCAGAACGCCUUUGCCAUCAACGAGUUUCUCGCCCCCAGAUGGGAUGUGGAAUUCGUGGAGGAGGUGAUGGAUCUGGUGGAGCUAGAACCUGUAAAGGGGGCACUGGUGGGGACGGCGGGGCAGGACGGGCUGUCGGUGGAGCAGCGGAAGCGGCUGACCAUGGCAGUGGAGCUCGUAGCCAACCCCGCCAUCAUCUUCAUGGAUGAACCCACCUCAGGCCUGGAUGCGAGGGCAGCGGCCAUAGUGAUGAGGGCGGUGCGCAACACAGUGAACACAGGUCGCACAGUCGUGUGCACCAUCCACCAGCCGUCCAUUGACAUCUUUGAGGCCUUUGAUGAGCUGCUGCUGAUGCAGCGGGGAGGAGAGGUCAUCUACACGGGGUCUAUGGGAAAGCAGUCGUGCGACCUCGUUAGCUACUUCAAGGCCAUCCCAGGGGUGCCGCCCAUCCAGCCCGGCGCCAACCCAGCAGCGUGGAUGCUCGAGGUCACGGCCCCAGCAGCAGCAGAGAGGCUUGGCGUCGACUUUGCUCAGAUUUUCCGCCAGUCGGACCAGUUCAGGGUGAUAGAGUCGCUGAUUCAGGAAUCCAGCGAGCCGCCCGAAGGCGAGCCGGACCUCUUCUUCCCGACGCAGCACCCGACAACACCCCUUUCCCAGUUCGCGACGCACGUGUGGAAGAGGCACCUCAUGUACUGGCGCAUGCCCGACUACAACGGGGCGCGCUUCUUCUUCUCCUUCUUCAUGGCUCUCCUCAUCGGCGGCGUCUUCUUCGGCUUCGGAAACUCCCGGGACACGCCGCAACAGAUUGUGAACGUCAUGGGUGCUCUCUACACGGCAGCUCUCUUCCUCGGGUGGAGCAAUCUCAAGUCCAUCCAACCAAUGCUGGCUGUGGAAAGGAGUAUUUACUACCGGGAGCGGGGAGCCGGGAUGUACGGAGCAAUCCCGUACGCGCUCGCGCAAGGGGCGAUCGAGCUGCCGUACCUGGUGGUUCAGGCUGUUGUGUACUCGCUAAUAACAUAUGCAAUGAUUCGGUUCGAGUGGACGCUCGGGAAGUUCCUGCUGUACCUGCUGUUCCAGUUCCUCACGCUGCUCUACUUCACGUGUUUCGGCAUGAUGACGAGUGCCAUCACGCCCGCUGAAGGGCUGGGGACGCUGCUCUCUGCCUUCAUCUACUCCUUCUGGAACCUUCUGUGCGGCUUCCUCCUGCCUCAGCCGGUGAGUGCAGUGCUCGUUGCUAUCUGUUUUUAA